AGUAAAGCAGAAUUUUCGAUCUCUGCCAUCGUUUGCAAGAUGCCGGUGCAAGGCUAUAAUGUACCGCUAGUUCCUCCUAGUUUACGACGCGAAGAGUCCAUAAAUCAAAUCAUCGAUGCUUUAGAGUACCUAGAAAGAGUCACCGAUGACAUUUUCACUAAAAUCAGUUCAAGGGUCGGAGAAAAUCGGACAAGGCUGGACUCACUAAAUCAGAGAGUCGACCUCGCACAAGCCAAGAUCGACAGAAUCAAGGGCAUCAAGAAAGCCACUCGAGUAUGCUCUAGCGCAAAAUAUCCAGCUCCCCAAAAACUAGAGGGAUACAAGUCUCUUUAUGCAAGUUAUAGCGAUGUCAUAGAAGUAAACCGUAAAAAUUACAACCUGAAUUCCAAAUUCACCUCUGUCGACGAAACGAUCAUGAAAGAGAAAUUGCAAUUUUAUAAUGUCCACUUAAAUAUGAAGAAAAAGAACGAUUUAUCACAGGAGGAAGGCCUAGGAUCUUUGCCUAAGAAUCUUCAUUCCAUCAGCUCUUUGUUGUUGUUUAACACUACUGAAAAUCCGUACAAAAAAUAUGUCAUGCUAGACCCGCUUGCAGGGGCCGUGACCAAGACAAGGAGUAAUAUUGAGGAGGAAGAAGAUAUUGGGGCGGCACCAAUCUCCAUCAGUCAAGGGGAUGAGAUUGACAGAAUGGCAGCUGCCAAUUAUUUCUAUGUGCCAAACCUUGGUGCAGUUCCUGAGAUUGAUGUACCCGUCUAUCUACCAGAUCUGCCUGGCAUUGCAGAUGAUUUGGCAUAUAGUGCUGAACUUGGACCAUCUAUUGCCCCCUCUGUUCCUCAAGGUCUUGACCUCCCAGACGUUCUUGAACAUGAUAUCCCUGAAGUACCAGACAUAGUUACGGGGGGUGGGGCACCUGUACCCCCUCCCCCACCUGCAGGCGGAUCAGCUCCUGCUCCACCCCCUCCUCCUCCACCAGGUGGGGCACCACCACCUCCCCCGCCACCGCCGCCACCACCCCCUGGAGAUGGCGGAGCUCCACCACCACCUCCACCCCCAACAGUUAUGGAUGGGCCUCCAGCAGAGGUCCCCGAAGGUGUCCCUGAAGCUGUGGCAAGCGAUGGCAGGGCCUCCCUCAUGGACGCUAUCCGGAAAGCUGGCGGUAAGAAGGGUGCCAAGCUCAAGACCGCCAAAGAGAGAAAGCAGAUCAAGAAGGCUGAAAAAGAGCAGGCUGCAACAUCUUCUGGUGGUGGCGACCUUAUGGGUGAUCUGUUUAGUAAGCUUCAGAUGAGGAGAAAGGGAAUAUCAGGUUCUAAAGGGGAGAGUUCAGGCACUGAUAAGGGUGGUGGAGGAUCAGCUAUGGAUAAGAUCUCUGCAAUGAUCCCAGCCCCCCCUAAAGCUGAACGAUCCGACACUACCAAAACUAGUGAAAGUGAUGACUGGGAUGCAUAAUAGGUUAUUAUUUUUAUUAUUAUUAUUAUUAUUUUUUGUAGUGCUGCAAUGAAACCCUGACUAAGCAAUUUUUUUGUUUUCUAGUUUUUGAAAACAGAUAUUGUGGGGAAAGGAUAGCCAUUUUAUGUAAUCUAAAGUCAGUCCAAUUUAAUCCUCAUCCAUACCAAAAAAGAUAUGCAUAAUAGUAUAUACUUAAUAUUAAUUUUAAUUCACCCCUGUAAAAUUGUGUCAGCUAUGGUUAUUGUAAUAUUUCAAUAAACAUUUGCUUCUAAUAUAAAAUCUGGGUUUAUCACCAAGUAGGGGAAGGUAUGGUAUAUAAUUGCAUAUAUGUUUGUCCUCUCCAGGUUUGUGUAAGGAGAUUCUUUAUGUAUUUUUUUAGGUCUGAAUACAGAGGGUCAGCAUCUGUUAUGGUCUGUACUGCUUUUUGCAGUAAGGUUUAGGUAAAACUAUCUAAAACAAGGUUAGGCUUGAUCAUAUUAAAGUAUAAAAUUUGACAAUCUUUGAUUAAGAAAUGACCCUGGGGGUGGGGGGGAAAAGUGAUAGGGAUGCUAGUCGGGAAAAUUCGAUAAAUACCCCUUAAAAAUACCUGCACGACCAAAAAUUGCUACCCUAAACAAUGCCUCAGGAGCCUUAAAAAUACCAUUUAUAAGAGAAAAGCCUUUUUUUUCUCUGAUACCCCCUAAAAAAUACCUGAGGUCCGAUUUUGACCCCUAAAAAAUAUGAGGAGCAUCCCUAUCAAGUUGACAUGGGAAGAACCCCUCUCCCCCCCCGGAAAUAAACCUCUUUUUGGAAGUGGGGCAGCGAGUGCUCUCCAAGGCACCCCCUAGCUACAUGCCAGAUCCCUUGAAAUGCUUGAAAUCAUGAAAAUGUUAUGUGAGUCCUGUUAAGGCAAGUUCUACUGUGUGCAUGUUAAGGAUACUUUAUCCUCUUAAAGGUCAAGUUUAUUGACCCAAAUUUGAGGUAUUUCUAUUCAUGUUUUGCUCAAGUUCCACUGAAAAUAUUUUACUUGUUGUCAAAACAUAAGAUAACUGUGAUUUCUUAAAAAUGAUUUAUAGUUGAAAAAAAUAAAAAUACUUGUAUAUUCCGA